CAGUGACUCUCGCGCGCGCUGGCUUCAGUGCAGGGCAGGAGCUGGAGGUGAGAGGAGGUGUGUCGCGUGUGUGAGCAAUGUCACCGCUUUAGAGCCUUAUUUCCGCCUCUGCCGAAGUUUUUAAUCGAUACAGUGAUGCCGUAAACCUGGUUUUGGUCUUGUUUAUGAGUCAGAAUCCCGAGACGCUACUUUCUCUGUGCGGAGAAGUAAAGUGACGAGUUUGACAUGUAAACAAGUGAAGUAGUGCUGCUGGGUUUACAGAGUUGCGCCAUUAGCACAAGAAAGUGGUGUUAAUUGCGACAGUACUCCACUUCACAAGCGUUUCGCGAAUGUCUCCGUUUCUAGAGAACCAGUAAAACCAGCUGGGCUGAAGAGUUUGGCUGCUUUGCGGAGUUUGAGCACCGGGCCAUGGCAGGAGGAAGCAGUUCAGCCAUGAAGACUCUGGAGGAGCUGACUCUGGACUCGGGCUACGGAGCCGGAGACUCGUGCAAAUCUCUCAGUCUGUCCUCGUGCAGGUCCACCUCUCAGGCGCUGACGAGCGCACCGCACCGCGGCAACUGGUGGUACUUUUCCGGCUCCAUGAACAGCCGGAACAACAGCUGGGAUACAGUGAACACGGCACUGAACGAGGACCCUGAGGACAUCUUCUCUAAGUGCCCGCGCUUACCGGAGCUCGAGGAGUUCCCGUGGACGGAGGAGGACGUGGGGAAGGUGCUGCGCGGAGUGGCCGGGGAGAGCGCGGUGUUCUCGGGAGAAGCCGUGCGCAGGCUGUCGGUGCUGAUGCGCCGCGCGCUGAUCCGCAUAGCUCGCGAGGCGCAGCGGCUCAGUGUUAUGCACUGUCGCUGCACGCGCUUCGAGGUGCAGAGCGCCAUCCGGCUGGUGCUGAGCUGGGCGCUGGCGGAGCACUGCGUGGCGGCGACGGUCAGGGCCAUCUCCAUGUACGACAUGAGCACCGGAGAGCUGCUGCGCAAGGGCAAGUCGGCGCGCUGCGGCCUCACGCUGUCCGUGGGCCGCUUCUUCCGCUGGAUGGUGGACACUCGGGUCUCGGUGCGCGUGCACGAGUACGCGGCGAUCGGCCUGAGCGCGUGCAUCGAGGCGCUCGUGGAGGAGGUGGGCGCGCGCGUCCUGUUGGCCGAGAGGCAGCACGGUGCGUGCGCGGACCCCGCGGCCACAGGGGGCCGCAUCACAGCCGAGGCUCUGGACGGAGUUGUUAAUAAUGACGCCGAACUCUGGGGAGUCCUGCAGCCCUACGAGCAUCUCAUAUGUGGGAAAAACGCAAACGGUGUGCUGUCCCUGCCGGCUUAUUUCAGUCCGUACACUGAGGGCCAGCAGGCCGGAGUGGAGAGCAGAGAGGAUGCAUACGCCCAGCUCGAGCUGCGCACUCUGGAGCAGUCUCUACUGGCCACCUGCGUAGGCAGCAUCUCUGAACUAAGUGACCUGGUGUCACGGGCCAUGCACCACAUGCAGCGCCUGGGCUCGGUUCGGGUCGGAGUCAGUCCGGCUCGCCAUAUCCGCCAACAGCCUGUCUCCUGGUCUCCAGACGCCUUGCACACACUCUACUACUUCCUGCGCUGCCCUCAGAUGGAGUCCAUGGAGAAUCCCAACCUGGAGCCACCCAGAAUGGCCCUGAGCAAAGAGAGGCCCUUCCUCCUGCUGCCGCCCCUCAUGGAGUGGAUGCGUGUGGCCAUCGUACACGCAGAGCACCGCCGCAGCCUGUUAGUGGACAGCGAUGACGUGCGACAGACAGCACGGCAGCUACUACCGGGGCUCGACUGUGAACCCCGACUCCUAAAGCCAGAGUGCUGUUUCAGUUCCUUCAAACGGCUGGAUGCCAAAGCCGCCACUGAUAAGUUCCAGCUGGAUCUGGGCUUUCGCAUGCUCAACUGUGGCCGCACAGAUCUAAUAGGGCAGGCCAUCGAGCUGCUGGGGCCAGACGGAGUCAACAGUAUGGACGAUCAGGGCAUGACCCCACUCAUGUACGCUUGCGCUGCUGGAGACGAGGCUCUGGUCCAGAUGCUGAUCGACGCCGGAGCCAAUCCGGACGUAGCGGUGCCCGUGUGCUCUUCUAAACACCCCUCUGUCCACCCAGACAGCCGCCACUGGGCCGCGCUCACGUUUGCAGUGCUGCACGGACACAUCUCCGUGGUAGAGCUCCUCCUGGAUGCCGGGGCCAAUGUGGAGGGAGCCGCAGUGCGUAAUGGGCAGGAGAGCUGUGCAGAUACUCCGCUCCAGCUGGCUUCAGCAGCAGGGAAUUAUGAGAUGGUGAGUUUGUUGCUGGCGAGGGGGGCUGACCCCUUGCAGAGGGCCCGGGAAGGAAACACUCUUACAUCAUCGCUUUACGAGGACAUGAACUGCUUUAGUCAUGCUGCUGCACAUGGCCACAGGAACGUCCUGAGGAAGCUGCUCUCUCAGCCACAGCAGGUGAAGGACGAUGUGCUCUCUCUGGAGGAGAUCUUGGCAGAGGGGGUGGUGGGGGUGGUGGAGGAGGCAGCGCCCUCUGAGGGAGGACAGCCUCGUCUCUGUAAGGCCCGCAUGAAGGCCCUGCAAGAGGCGUCAUUCUACAGCGCUGAGCACGGCUACCUGGAUGUCACCAUGGAGCUGCACUCUCUGGGAGUGCCCUGGAAGCUGCAUGUGUGGCUGGAGUCUCUGCGCAGCGCCCAGCUACAGUCCAGAGCCUCGGUCACACUGUCUCUGCUCCGAGACUUCAGCUCCAUCAAGGAGGACGAGUACGGACAGGAGCUGCUCUCUGUUGGUCUGCCUCUCAUGUUCAACAUCCUCAAGAGCUGCAAGAGUGAAGCUAUAAUGCAGCAGUUAGGCUCCAUCUUCAGUCACUGCUUCGGAUCUGCCCCUCUUCCUGUCAUUUCCGAGAAGAAGACCACUCUUUCAGCACAGCUCGAUCCCCACUUCCUGAAUAACCAGGAAAUGUCAGACGUGACGUUUGUGGUGGAGGGGAAGCCGUUCUACGCUCACAGGGUUUUGCUGAUCACAGCAUCUGAGAGGUUUAAGUCUCUUCUGGGCUCCAGCAGCUCUGAUGGCUCCCAGCACUGUAAGGAGAUCGAGAUCAGUGAUGUGAAGUACACCAUUUUUCAGGUGAUGAUGUCAUAUCUGUAUUCGGGUGGGACGGAGCCUCUGAAGCUCGCUGUGCCUGAGCUGCUGGAGCUGCUGUCAGUGGCGACAUUGUUCCAGUUAGGAAGUUUGCAGCGCCACUGUGAACUGCUCUGUGCUCAGAACAUCAACCUGGAUAAUGCAGUCAGUAUGUACAACACAGCCAAGGCACAGGGUGCAGCAGAGCUGAGUGUGUACUGUGAAGGCUACUUCCUGCAGAACAUGGGCACUCUGAUGGAAAGAGAAAGUUUCCGUGGCCUGAUCUCCAGCUCUCGCUCGGCUGCAGGGAGAGAAUCGCUCCUGGAGGAACUGGAGGCUAUGUUAACCCACACGAUGCACUCCCUCCAUAUCAAAUCGCAUGUGUGAGAGGACAGAGAAGAGUACACGAAUGAAGAAUUACAGCACAGAUCAUCAACGACAGGGAAGAGAAAAACAGAAAGACAGGAUGAAGAGUUAUGACUGGGGAAAAAAGUCAGAAUGAGGAGCAGAGGAACAAUGUGGAUGAAUGUGAAUUAGGAAAGACUGUGAGCGACUGCAGCUGAAGUGGAACAAUGUGGACAGAGACAUUGGGAGCUUGUAAUAAUGGACAAUGUGACUGUACAAUGUACAAAUGUGUAAAAUGUGUAUUACUACAUACUGAAUGCAGUGGCAUUCUUGUAGCUAAAGCUAUCCAAAGCUAUUUAGGAACCCCACAGAAAUUUUCCUUUUAUCCUUUGACAAGCGUCAUUUUUACAAAGUCUGCGUGGUAGGACUUGUACUGGGCCAAAUGGAGUAGGAGAGGUGGGGUUUUUAUAAGCUAAAUUACAGCAGAUAGAACCUGUAUUGGAAAAAAGAGUGGACCUUUUCUAUUUAAAAUGUGAGAUUAUUUAAUUUGCCUUUUUAUUGUUCUCUAUGCCAAACAAAUAAAAUAAUAUAAAACCAAA